AUGGCCCGCGCUGCUCCUACUGCUGCUCCUACUGCUGCUCCUCCUGCUGCUCCUCCUGCUGGCCCCUGGACCAUGAUCAGGGCCAUGAGAACCGUGGGAGCCUCUGUGUGGUGGUGUAUACCAAAGGUGUUGUUUUGCUGACAGACUCGUCUUGAUAAUGGUGUACUGGUGCAACCACCUCUCUUCGGUGAUAGGACUACUAUGAGCAUCAACGUUCAUCUCGACGCAUACCAGCCAUCCAAUCAGGCCCUUGCUUUCCGAGGGGAUGGCAGUGAGUGGUAG